AUGCUGGUCAGACAUCACACCGCGCCCCUCUAUCGUGUCGGCGUCGACGUCGGCGGCACAAACACGGAUGCCGCCAUUCUCGACAUUACUUCAGUUGACACGCCGGACCGCGGUGUCCUGGCAUCUCACAAAGCAUCAACCACACCCGACAUUUCGAGCGGCAUCGAGGCCGCCAUCCGUGCUGUUCUGCAAAAUUCGGCUGUCGAUCAGACCCGCGUGCUGAGCGUCACCAUUGGCACAACCCACUUCAUCAAUGCCUUGGUUGAGGCUGAUGCACGAAGACUGAGCCGCGUCGCCGUCGUGCGUCUCUGUGGCGCGUUUACAAGACAGAUCCCACCAUUUUCUGACUUCCCCGCUGGUCUGAGGCGCGUGCUCGAUGGAGAUGCCUAUUAUCUCGAUGGCGGUCUCGAAAUUGACGGCCGUGAGAUUGCGCCGCUCGACCAUGACCAGAUCAGGCAAGUCGCGAGAGACAUCCUCGCCAGCGGCGUCAGGUCGGUGGCUCUCGUCGGCGUCUUUGCACCGCUUGACCACGCCGGCGUCCACGAGGAGAUGUGCAAGAGGAUCCUGCUCGAAACGGCCCCCGAGCUCGAUGUUGUCUGCUCUCACGAUAUCGGCCCUCCUGGAUUCCUCGAACGAGAAAACGCCACGGUUCUGAACGCCGCCAUUCUGCGCACUGCGAGAAAAGUCACCUCUGGCUUCAAGGCCGCCAUGUCGCGGCUCAAUCUGGCGUGCCCCCUCUACCUGUCGCAGAACGACGGCACCUUGAUCGAUGCCGACGCCGCAGCUGAGUACCCCAUCAAGACCUUUGCCAGCGGUCCCACGAAUAGCAUGACGGGCGCCGCCUUCCUGGCUGGUCUGGAUCAGACGCGAACAUUGGACUCGGCCUCCAGUGGCGAGACUCCGGAAGACGACGUGGAGCCGCAGGUCCUGGUGGUCGAUAUCGGCGGCACGACAACGGACGUUUGCGCGCUUCUGCCCUCGGGCUUCCCCCGCCAGGCCCCCGGCUUUGUGGAAGUCGGUGGUGUGCGGACGGCUUUUUCCAUGCCCGAGGUUGUCUCCGUCGGGCUCGGCGGUGGCAGCAAAGUGCACGUCGGCUCUGAUCCGGCGACGGUGACGGUCGGCCCUGGCUCCGUGGGGCACUUGUUGAAGCAGCAGGCUCUCGCUUUUGGUGGCACGACGUUGACGACGACGGAUAUUGUGGUCGCAACGGGCAAGGCCAAACUUGGAGACCGCAGGCUCAUUGAGAAUGUGCCGAUAUCCACCAUUGAUGCAGCACGGCGAAAGAUCAAGAAGAUGAUUGAGGGUGUCGUCGAGCAGAUGAAGGUAUCCGCGGCCCCGGUACACAUUCUCCUGGUCGGCGGUGGUGCACUGCUAGUGACGGAGGAUCUAGACGGCGUGGCCAAGUGCAUUCAGCCUGUCCACCAAGGUGCGGCCAACGCUGUUGGUGCCGCCAUUGGCAAGAUUUCUGGCGAGGUCGACGUCAUUGAGAUCCUCCAAGACCGAGAUGAGAAGGAGGUCGUCGCCGCGGCGUGCCAGAAGGCCAUCGACCAAGCCAUCAGCAAAGGUGCUGCGGCUGACGACGUCAGCGUCGUCGAGAUCAACAAGAUUCCCCUGCAGUACGUAGAUAACGGCGCCAUGAGGAUCCAGAUUCGGGCUGUCGGCAAGCUUGCAGUCCCGAAGGAUGGAACGCUAGCCAACAGCGUCGCAUACGCUGCGUCAGAUGAAGAGGAAGAGCAAGAGGAGCAGACGGCCAAGACGAACAUCUCCGAUGCCCUUGAGUCAACUUUCCGGCCAUCCAUCAAGGUUGACUUGGAGACCUACCGGCCUGAAGUCCGUAAUGACGCUUGGUACGUCUCGGAAGUCGACCUCGAACUGAUUGCGACGGGCUGCGGCGUUCUUGGCACUGGUGGCGGUGGCCCUACUCACCACGAGUUCUUGAAGAGUCUCGAUACAUUACGCAAGAGCGAACCUGGAAGGCUCCGGAUCAUCUCGCCCAAAUCCGUAAAAGAUGACGAUCUCAUCUGUUUCGGCUCGUGGUAUGGAAGCCCAAGCGUCAUCAACGAGAGGAUUGCAUCAGGGGGCGAGAUUCCGGCUGGAAUUGAUGCCCUCAUGAAGAUCUUGGGCAAGGAUAAGCCCGACGGCAUCUUCACCGACGAGAUCGGGGGCGGCAACGGUAUGAGCACAUUUCCCACUGCUGCUCACUAUGACAUUCCUGUUAUUGACGGGGAUGCCAUGGGCCGGGCCUAUCCUACUAUGUACCAAGCCACGUUGAGCGUUUACGGGCACCCGCUGACCCCAUGCGCCCUCUCCGACGCUCGCGGCAACGUCAACAUUGUCAUGAACACUGAUACCCCUUUCCGCCUUGAAAAACUGCUCCGCACCGCCGCCAUCGAACUAGGUCUCGGCUGUGCCGUCGCCGCCCGCCCCCUCCCCGGAUCCGCAAUUAAGGCUCAUGGCGUCCCAAACACGCUCUCACAAGCCUGGUACCUCGGCCGUGCUGUUCAUCUCGCUCGCAGGAACAAAACGUCCUUCAUCGAUGCCAUCUUUUCCCAGUGUGCUGGCAAGCUCCUCUUCACUGGCAAAAUAAUUGACGUGCGGCGUUUUGUGGGCGAUGGCUACACCAUGGGCAGCGUACUCAUUGCUCCGCUGACCGAUGGAGAGCUGGACUCCUCUAAAGCAUCGUCGCUCGCCGCACUGCAGGCCACCUCUGCUGCUCGAGAUAGACAUAUGCUCAUCCCCUUCCAGAAUGAGUACCUCUAUGCUGCCCUGACCGAUAGUGCCGGCUCCGAAGAUGGGCGCGAGGUCAUCUGCACAGUGCCGGAUUUGAUAUCAAUUCUUGGUCAAGACGGUGAAGCUAUCGGCUCUCAGGAUUUGCGAUACGGUUUGCGUGUUUCGGUCAUCGGACUACCUGCUCACCCGCUGUGGAAGACGGAGAAGGCCAUGCCCAUUGGUGGUCCUGCAGCUUUCGGCCUAAAUAUGCCGUUUGUUGGGGCAGGAGAGUAUGGGAGUGCGAAGAGCGUAUUGGAAGAGUUUGAGAUUGUAUAG